AUGAACAACGCAAAGACUUCGAAUUUGCUCCAAAAGUCUCUCUCGUGCGUGAACACUUGGAUAAAAGCUACUGACAAGUUUGGUGUGCCAGUCAGUCUCAACUUCAGAGGGGAAGACUCCUUUAAGACAACAGUUGGAGGCAUCGCCACUUUGAUCUCUAUGAUCCUCCUUGUGAUGUACACUAUUUCAGAAAUGAGGCUAGUAAUCACAAAAGGAAAAACAAGCAUCAAUAGCAAUAUUGUUUCCAGAAACUUGCUUGAAAGCAAAGAGACCUAUCAAAUUGAGAAAAAUGGCUUUGUGAUUAGUAUGGCUGGAGGUACAGGUACACUUUGGGAUUCAACUUAUUUUAACUUUCAAUACAAGAACAAAAUUAUUGAGAAAGAGCUUAUUGGAGGACCUGAAACCAGAUACGAAGAAGUGGAAUACUCUACAGCUCCUUGUGGUGAUAAGUUUGAUAAGUUUAUUGAUAAAGAAGCAGCUAGGAGACUAAAUAUGCACUUAACUCUUUGUCCAAAUUCAAGUGAUUGGAGAAUUGGAGGAUCUGAAACAGGAUAUCAGUUUAGUUCAUUCAUUGGAUCAAUUAGAAGAUGCUCGAGUAAUGUACCUGGGUUUUGCAAAUCAGAAGAAGAUAUCAAUAAAGCAAUAAAUUUUCAAUUAUUUUACGUGGCAAUAUCAAAUUACUACUUCAAUAUUGAUGAUUACAAUAAUCCAGUGAAUGUCACAUUUGAAGAUGAAUUUAAUUAUCAUCUUAUCGAAGGUAUGACUGUUGAUAAAACUCUAAGAGUGAGAAUAAAUAAAGCAUAUGAUUACACCAGCAUCUGGUAUCCUUCCGAGCCCAAAGAAUACACUUAUUACUCCAUAGAGUCUGUGAAAGAUGAUCUUCAAGCAGAGAAUGGAAGUGGAGACCUUGCCAGAAUCAAUAUAAUUUUGGACAAGAACUACAAAAUUGUUGAGCGCAAAGUUUAUACAUUCUAUGACAUGUUAGGACAAGUUGGAGGAGUUAUGGGAAUUAUAUACUCUCUCGGCUCUGUUUGAGUGAGCCUCUUCUCCGGAAAAAUAUAUAUCAUGACAUUGCUAUCAUACUUUUAUAAAGUGAAAAGGAGUUCUGAUGCUCAUAAAGUAGCACCUUCUCAGAAAAUCAGUGUUAAAAGAAUGAAUUCUUCUCAAGAAGAUUGAAGCAAAAAUCAAAUUAAAGAAGAAAACAAGUUCGAUGAUUCCGAAUGUAACAUCAAGAGUAGAAGUUUUGAAGAAAAUAACUUAAAUAAAAUAUAUCAGCUUAAACACAAGCUGACUUCGCUGGAGUACUAUAAAUAUUCUUGCUGAGAUCUGUUCUACUCCAUUUUCUGUUGCUCAAAAUUCAGAAGGAAGAGGUCCAAGGAGACACCUUUCUGAGGAAAAGAGAAGAUUACUCAAGAGCUUGACUUGACUUCAAUCAUUGACGCAAUGAGAACAGUUCAUGUCCUUUCAAAUAUUAUUCUUAACAAACAUAAAUAAAGUUCUUGCUCAACACCAACCAAUAAAUUUAUGAUCCAAUGCCAGGAAGAAUGCAAAGUCAGAUUAUCCUAAAACUGAAGAAAAAAUAGAACAAGAAAAGGAUAUCGGAAGCCAGUUAGAGGCACUUAAAGAUUUAGAAGAAGAAUUAUGGGAAGAUCCUAUCUCUCAGGAACUAUUCGCUAACAUAAUCCAAACACACGAAGCCUGAGAAACACGAAAUAUGACCAAAAACAAACAUUUAAAGAACUCAAUAUCUGAAGAUUUCCAGUUACGGAAAGAAUCCUAAAAUUUCAGCACUUCCUCAAAAUAACAGAUUCAACCUGUUUUA